UCUCCCUCUCUCUCAAACUUGAUUCUACAUAAUUUUGUUGGUGAAUGCUGGCUAUUGGUCCUAUCCUAUCAUCUCCCAUUUCAGUUAGCCGAGCGAACAUGGAGUCGGUCUCACAUCUCGUCAAAGUAUCGGUCCCGAACUAUUUGGCCGGCCUACCGAUUCCAAAUUCGAUAGGCGGAUGGUUUCGUUUAGGAAUACGAGAUUGGUUCGCCCUUUUGCCACCCACUGCCCUUCUUACGGGAUUAGGAUAUAUGUCUUACAGGGCAUUUUGUCCCCACGGUAGACCUGCGCCAUGUGGACGUGUUAAUGUCAAAAUAAAGAAGGAUGUUGCUAAAGUAGUGGAUACUAUCGAUAUUGAAGAUAUCUCUGAAAAAGCUGCAUUCUGUCGCUGCUGGAAAUCGGAAAACUGGCCAUAUUGCGAUGGUACUCAUGGACGUCACAACAAAGAGCAUAACGACAAUGUGGGUCCGCUCGUUAUCACAAACAAGAAAGAUUAAUUACAAUCUCUUUAUUGCUGUAAAAUAUCUAUUUGCUCACUAUAUUGUAGAUAAAUAUAUAAUGAGAGGUUAGAUAAAUAAAUUUAUCGCCCCUUUGUAGAUAAAUCUUACGAAAGAAA